CGCGAGGACGUGGGCCGCCAGAGCUGGUUCCACUACCAUUCGGUGGCGGCGAAGUACCCGGAGAACGCGACGGCCAUCGACGUCGCGGCGAUGCAGGGCCUCGUCGCGAGCCUGCGGCUCUACCCCUGCGAGACGUGCCGGAACGCGCUCCUCGGCGGCGAGCUCGACGAGGUCGGCCCCAUCCCGGAGGACCGCGCGGGCGUCGUGCGCUGGUGGUGCGAGCUCCACAACGUCGUCAACCGCGACGUCGGCAAGCCCCAGUACCCCUGC